GUCUGCUUAGAAAGUAUUGUAGAUCAUACAAAGCAAUGAAUGGGGAGUUUUACAUAAAAAACCUCAAUACCGCCUUUUCGAGCCUCCGACUACAACUAUCAGAUCCACAGGUAUACUAUGCCUUUGCACAGGCUAUGGAUAAUGAUGAAUAUGUAUACAGCUUCGCUUUGUGUAGGGAGUAUCUCUCCACCUCGCAGUGUUUGGCUUGUUUUGAUUCUGCGGUUAAUGAGACAAAAGCGUGUGGCAGUGGUGAUGGUGGUAACGUUGUUUAUGAUGAUUGCAGCAUCAGGUACGAGAACUAUGGCCAUAUAUUUGGUGACAAAGGGGUUAUAUUGGAUACUAAUGCUCCUCCAUCUGGAGUAUGCAGCAACGAGUCAGCAUCUCAGCCAAUAACAACCUUUAACAAAAUAGUAGAAAAUUUAAUUUCCGAUAUUGUAGUCGCUACUCCAACAACAUCUAAUUUCUACGUAGCAUCCUCGAGUGACGUCACAACCAACAGUGCAACAGUGUAUGCGGUUGCACAGUGUGCUAAGAACACAAGCCAAGCCAUUUGUAGAAACUGUUUAAAUACAGCAUAUAACAAUUUAAAAGGUUGUCUCCCGAGUAGCGAAGGGCGGGCCAUCGAUUUUCUUUGUUUUAUGAGGUAUUCUAAGUCUCAGUUUUUCCAAAGCAACCAGACAACAAAUAUCAUACCUUUCAUAAAAAGUUCAAACAAGUCAGGAAUGAUUGCAGGAAUAAGUAGUGGUAUAGGUCUUUUUAUGCUUAUACUUGUUUCGUGGUUAUGGUAUCGACAUUUGAAGAAAUUAAACACUGUUAAAAAAGGUAACCUUUUAGCUCAAUCUGGACUUCAAGGGGGGAAAUGUUAUCGUUACCAGGAUUUGCAAUUAGCAACUCAUAAUUUUGGAGAAGAGUGUAGAAUUGGGAAAGGAGGUUUCGGUGAAGUAUUCAAGGCAUUUAUAGAUGAUGGGAACAUAGUAGCAGUCAAGAGACUCAAUGUUAGUUGUGGCAGAGCCAAAAUAGAUUUUGAAAAUGAAGUUAGACUCGGAAGUAAUGUUCAACAUCGGAAUCUAGUACGCCUACAAGGUUCAAGUACUGAUGGACCCGAGCUACUUCUUGUCCUAGAAUACAUGCCACAAGGCAGCCUUGACAAAUUUUUAUGGGGUGAAAAAAGGGGAACUCUGAAUUGGAAGAAAAGAUAUGACAUUAUCCUUGGGGUUGCUAGGGGUCUUGCCCAUCUUCAUAACGAAUUCCAUGUUAAAAUAGUUCACAGAGAUAUAAAAUCGAAUAACAUUCUCCUGGAUGAUGAUUUUCAACCCAAAAUUGCAGAUUUUGGGCUGGCAAGAUUACAGCCAGAUGAUAUUACCCAUGUUAGCACAAGGCUAGCUGGCACAUUAGGAUACUUGGCACCAGAAUAUGCAAACAAGGGACAUUUAUCAAAAAGGGUUGACACCUUCAGCUUUGGUAUCAUGACCCUUGAAGUCAUCAGUGGUCGAAAAUGUACCGAUGAAAACUUUAGUGGACCUGACACAUCUCACCUUCAUGAACAUGCAUGGCAAUUGUAUGAGAGAGGCAUGCACAUAGAGUUGAUGGACAAAGCAUUAUGUAUAGAAGAAUAUCAUCAAGAAAAAGUGAAGAAGACCAUUGAAAUUGCUCUACUGUGCACGCAAUCACCACCUUCUUCGAGACCAACCAUGUCUGAAGUUGUUUUGAUGUUAUCAAGUGGAUCAUCACCAUCACUUCUCCGAUCACCACCAUCACUUCUCCGGUCACCAACUCGUCUCCGUGGUCUACUUCUCUUUGAAACUUGA